AUGGUCCUUUCACAGGACCAGAAUUCGCGAUUGGCUCUAAUCGGACCUUUCUUGCUCAAAGUUAUGUCCCAUUUGAACAGCUAUGACGACAGGAGCUUGAAUCUCAGCGACAUGAACCAUAUUGAGAACGGUCGAACCUGCAGCACGCAGAUUAACAAAAUCGGACUCUCUAAAGGCCUAGAUAGGCUUAUAUAUGUGAAUCCCGCUCAAGGGAACCAUGUCUCCCCGGGUGUGAUGAUGAAAGCGGUAGAAGCUAUUGUUGGAGCUGUCUUCCUUGACAGCGACCAUAAUAUCGAGAUUACUCGGAAAGUGGCCGCCCAGAUAGGGUUCUUCGACAUCCAGUAA